AACUAAAACAUAACGGAAACAAACAAUUGCAUUAUUCGUGCAGGCAAUCAACAAAAUAUCUUGAAAAAUUACUUUUUGCUUUAUUUCCUAAUUUCCAUUCGUCGCGAGGGUUAUAAAAUCCCACCAAAGCACAACUCACCGAUUUCUUAUCAAUUGUCAUGCCCAUCCCUACACACGCGGCUGUUCGAAGUCAGCUUUUGACAGUUCACAAUCGAAACAAAACCCUCAAGCCGCGUGUUUUCUCUGAAUUCCGUCGCAGAUUUAUUUCGUGUGCCAGACAGUGAAUAAAAUAGGUAAUUUCGCUUGCAUAGGCUUCUUUCGCCCAAAGGCGGUAUUGUAUAGGUAAAACUAAGUUUAGAAAUUACACGCCGUUAGCGCAAAAAGUGCUAGGAGUCUGCAUCCGAGUCGCGGCGAGCACAUUUUUUCGAGGCGGCUCCAAACACUUCCUGCUAGCGCUGCGGAAUUAAUCGAACCCGGCCGAAAGGGAAAAUUGGCGGCCCUGCGGAGGAAGGUUACCCACCGCAGUCCUUUGUUUACAAACAAUUAAGUCGGCUACAAUAAACAAUUCGUGUGUACCACUCAAUCACCAGUUUGACCAGCCGGUCAGACUAGACAGUGAAUCGGAGGAGACGUUAAUUAGCGACAACAUACAUUGGCGAUACGUCGUAGCGAAAGCAUGAAGUACAUACUCGUGACGGGUGGCGUGAUCAGCGGCGUCGGCAAAGGAGUUAUCGCCAGCUCGUUCGGAACAUUGCUGAACGCGUGUGGCAUACCGAUAACAUCGAUCAAGAUCGAUCCUUACAUUAACAUCGAUGCUGGAACGUUUUCACCCUACGAGCACGGAGAGGUGUUCGUGCUUGACGAUGGCAGUGAGGUGGAUUUGGAUCUCGGCAACUACGAGAGGUUUUUAGAUGUUGUCCUACACAAAGAUAAUAAUAUUACCACCGGCAAGGUGUACAAAAUGGUGAUCGAUAAGGAACGCAUCGGAAUGUAUCUUGGAAAAACUGUGCAAGUGGUGCCGCACAUAACAGACGCGAUACAGGAAUGGGUCGAACGAGUUGCAGUUACGCCAGUAAAGGAUGAUAUAGUACCGGAAGUUUGCAUUAUCGAGCUGGGCGGAACGAUUGGUGAUAUCGAAGGGAUGCCGUUCGUCGAAGCCUUCCGUCAGUUCCAGUUUCGCGUGAAGAAGGAAAACUUUUGCGUCGCACACGUUUCGCUUGUGCCACUGCCCCGUGCUACGGGUGAACCGAAAACCAAACCAACGCAAGCGAGCGUUCGUGAAUUGCGUGGUUUCGGUUUAAGUCCGGAUAUGAUAGUGUGCCGGUCGGAGAAUCCCAUCGGCGAUGAGGUGAAGGACAAGAUCAGCAACUUUUGUCACGUUUCACCGAAUCAGGUGAUCUGCAUACACGAUCUGUCGUCGAUCUAUCACGUGCCGUUGCUAAUGGAGCAGUCGGGUGUGAUCGACAUACUGAAGGAGCGUCUUCACCUGAACCUGCCCACUCCAAGACCGGCAAAUUUCAUGCAAUCUUGGCGCGAUCUUGCGGAACGGGUGGAUAACGUGUACAAGAAGGUGAACAUAGCGCUUGUCGGCAAGUACACCAAGUUACAAGAUUCGUAUGCAUCCGUGAUAAAAUCGCUUCUGCACGCAUCCAUCGCGGCCGGUUAUAAGUUGAAUCUGACGUUUAUCGAUUCGUCUAACUUGGAGCGGUGUACUAAAAUGGAAAAUCCAAACCUUUACUACGAUGCGUGGCAUGAUUUGACCAACAGCCACGGUAUUGUAGUGCCGGGUGGAUUCGGUUCCCGUGGCAUUGAAGGAAAAAUCCGUGCCUGUCAGUGGGCGCGCGAAAAUGGUAAACCAAUGCUUGGCAUCUGUCUAGGGUUGCAAGCCGCCGUCAUUGAAUAUGCGCGCAAUGUAUUAAAAUUGGUGGACGCACAUUCAACCGAGUGUGACGAUACAACCCCCAACCCGCUAGUGAUUGAUAUGCCCGAACACCAUACUGGCAUACUGGGAGGAACCAUGCGACUUGGCAAGCGCACAACCAUUUUCCGGGGCGACAGCAAAAUACGCCAGCUGUAUAACAACAAGGAACAAAUUGAGGAGCGCCACCGUCACCGGUAUGAGGUUAAUCCAAAGUACGUUGAGCAGCUGCAAUCACACGGUAUGCGCUUUGUCGGUACCGAUUCGGAAAAGGAACGCAUGGAAAUCAUGGAGCUGGAAGAUCACGUCUACUACGUAGCAACCCAGUUCCAUCCGGAGUAUCUGUCGCGUCCAUUAAAACCCUCGCCACCGUUCCUUGGACUGAUUCUUGCAUCGGUAGGCAAGCUAGCAUCCUAUCUGGAGGAUGGAGCAAAAUUGCUUCAUCAGCGGUGCAACGCCGCCAACCCAUCGAUGGCGGUUCGCGACAAUUCGACUGAUAAUGAUCUCCAGCAGAUCCGAGAACGAGCCAAUGGGGUACAGCAUAAGGCCAAUGCAGCGGCCACCGUUGCUAGCCCGUCCAAUGUUACACACAUGAACGGCGAUGCCAAGCUGAACGGUGUGUACGAAAAUGGAACGGAUUAAAUAUGGGUAAGUGGUUCCUUCGUAAUAGAAUGUAAAUAUCCUAAGAAAAGUAAUAUGUUUCAAAGACGGGAAAGUGGGAUAAACAAUUCUUCCAACACAAUUGUAGGCAUUGCAGAACUUGCAGGCUAAAGGAGGCUUUCAAGCCAGAGUUUAAAGUUUUGAGGAACGAACUAUUUUCAACAUCGUAUUAGGCAUUCUUAACAGAUUCAAAAGUUUUACAAAGAAAUUAAAUUUCUAUCGCUGCAUUGCAAACUACACACAAACAAUCGAAAAUUUAUAAAAUUUAACAAAUAUUCAAGCGAAAGUAGUUGAAAUAUGGAACUGAUUAAUGAUUUGCCUACACAGACUUUGAGUCUUUCGAUCGGCAUUACCCGCUUAAAAUAGAAUUAGUUUUUUUUUCUAUUCAAACUUUUCUUAUGUUCUUCAUUAAAAGCAUCAUCGAGUAUACUUACAAAAAUGAAACUUUAAUAUAAUAAAGAAAGAACAAAAUGAGAAAGGAAUAUUUUUAAAAGAAGCUAACGAUGAUGAUAGGAAAUUGUGAUUCACAAUGCAAAACUUUCAUGAAGGAAUUGAUGGUCGGCAGAGAUUUAUGGUGUACAGCGGAUGAAAUUGGUAAUGAUGGUGGAAGAAAUGCGAGCACUUCCGUUCUUUAAAAUUGUUUAAAAUCUCAUGUAUUAGAUUAUCUUGCCUUUUGCCAUAAUACAACCGAAAAAAGUUUUCUUGUUCAUCGAACUUAACAGUUGGGCUAUUACCAUACAACGUCUUGCUUCGUCGACGCUUCCUAGCUAUGCAGGAAAUUUACAUAUUUUACUUUUGCUUGUAAAGUUUUGAGCAGAGAUGAAUAGUUCAGCAGGAAAGAUCGUUAUCGUACUGUACAGCAUGGGUGUCGAAAGUGCAUCUUACUUCAUAACUUUUGUGGCUUAGUCUACAACAUAUCAAAACUUUAUCUCAAAACAAUAUAGUAUGAAAAAUGUUUCAAUUAAUUUGGUUCGUCUGCCUAAAACUGGUUCAUGUUAAUUCGCUGUAAAGCGAACCGCAGCGAUAAGUAUAUAAAAUUCAACCUUCAAAGAUGAUUUACGCUUGACAUCCCUACUGUACAGCAUAGAUUUACACUUUCUCCACGCUGUAAUCUUUCAUAUACAGGCAGUCCCCGAGAUACGCUAUAAUUUCGACCAAUUUAAAAGGAGAAAAAUUGUUAGUUUUUGUGCUAUAAACUAGCUUAUCUAUUAAAUUUCCAAAACUCGCGUACCUCGGAGACUGCCUGUAUAAAACAAUAAAACUUAGUUUUAAAUCAUAAAGCCAUUUAUAAAACAAGCGUCCAUAAUUUACCCGGUUUUCAAGUUGUUUCUUUCUAGUUCGGUUUUGGUCAAAUCGCACGAAAAUGUUUGAUUUCUUUCCUGAUUAAGACAUUAUGAUUCGUAUGAUCGUAUGAAUCGAUUCGUAUGAAAACAUAACGAGCAAAAACUCGCGAACUAGAUUGCCUUUUCUUAAAAAUUGUGAACCAUAGGUAAAAGCGAAAUAGAUAAUCUUAAGAAUGAAAUACAUCAGUUGCACACAUAAACAAUCUUGAACAGAAGUUUCCCU